AUUCUCAGCAGUCAAAGCCUUCAAGCAGUGCUGGCUCCAAGCGUCUGUCGCGCGCGACAACGGUGUCAAACGUCGUGUCACAUGUCAAAGGUGACAUGACAUCUGUCUCCAACCGAAGCAUUGACACCAAUCCUCCGCGAGUGCGCAGUUACGGAGGCGCAAAACAAGCAUCAAGUCAUCGCUCUAGAACACACCAAAAAAGGGCUUCUGCGCAAACGCCAUCCACAGACACGCACACCCCCCAGGAGACCCCUACAGACACCCCCACGCCACUACACCACCAGGAGAGCACCCACGUGCACUUACACACAAACACACGCACCCACGCACCCACCCUGGCACACAGUCACUCCCAACCACAGACACACAUGCGAAACUAUGGACCGCUGUACGACCAUGAGUACACUGGCACCAGCCUACAGAGAGGUGAUGGUGUGCAUGAAGGAGGGGAGGAUGGGGGGGAGCCACGUCCACGCACAGGUACACGUACAAGUACAAGUACAGGUACGAACACACGCACGCGCACAUACGGACCGUCUCGCUCACAGACGGUAUCGCACAAUAUCUCGCCCGAGCUAGGCCGGGAUGAGCGGGAGCCAUCUCAAAACAGAAUGGCCUCUGUGUCUAUAAAUAGAACGGAAGCUAUGGAUAGAGGUGGGAGUAGAUCGGACGGCGAUGGGGCGGACGGCGAUCCGGGUGUGGGUGAGGGGAGUCGGAGUGAUUCUAAAAAUAGAAGUGCUGCGAAUAGGCGUAGGGGUAGUCGGGGUACAGCCAGCCAAGGGAUGGGUAGGAUGUCGAAUAGGGCCGUAUCAGUGCCAGAUGGGCUCCACCAAUCAGAUGGCCGCACGAGCACGCGUUACCAUAACAGCGCGGACCCGGACUCGGAGCUGACCACCACGAACAUGUCUCGUCGACUGCAACCCAAACGGCUUAGUUACAGCAAUACAUCCUUGGUGCGUACCACCAGGACUUCACAACCUUCUUCCAUAAAACCACACUCUGGAGUGUCCGAUGUCGAUUCAUUUCCAAGGUAA